AUGUGCGGACGCCAUCUAGCAUUGGAAAGGAUAGCAGGUCACUUUAGAUCUCGUCUUGUAAGCUGUUGCAGCUGUGCAAACACUGCUCCUUGUGCGGUCGACUGCCCUUGCCUCCACCUUGCUAUUUCGAUUGCUCGGGACCCAGUAGCCGUUGCAGAAGCAUACUCCGUGGGAACAUAA